CGUAGAGGCUGUGAUCUGGAGGUAACCGGGCAGCGGCAGGAUGGCUACAGCUACACUGCAGUCAUUCAACGUGUUCCUGACGGAGAGACUGACCGCGGCCGCCGUGGACAUCUACGGCUUCGUGGAGCGGACGGUGGUGGAGUACCAGGAGGAUCUGUACCGAGCCCAGCUGGAGAACCAGAGGCUGCAGAGGCUGCUGGACCUGGUCUACAAGCCGCACAUCAGGCUGCACAGGGCAGAUGCCAAACAGUCGACUGUUGCGCCGACGUCCACGGAGGACGUUCCCCCUAAGCAGCAGGACUGGAGCCCGAGUGUGAUCCAGGACGAGCCAGGACCGUCGCUGGUUAAAGAGGAGGACAGGGAGGAACUGUGGAUCAACGGGGAAGACCGGCAGUCGGCGGAGGACAGCGACGACGGCGACGCCUUGACCAAAGAACUCAUCAAAACAGUGCAGCAAUUAGAGGACUGUAGAGCAGCCGAGGAGAGCAGAGAGUCAAAGCAAACUGCCGCCGACGAUCCGAUGCUCUCCGAAGAGAAGACGAGCACCACCUUGUACCGCUGCCAUAUAUGCAACUACAUCUUCACCAAAAAGACGGUGCUGACGUGGCACCUCAAGACACACGAAAGCAAGUCGCAGGACAGCAAAAGCAACUUUGACUGUCACGUCUGCGGGAAACACAUCCCCUGCCAGAGCAACCUGCAGAACCACAUGAGAGUUCACACAGGAGAGAGACCAUACAGCUGCCAUUUCUGCGGCAAGUGUUUCAAGCUGAAAGGACACAUGACAGAACACAUAAGGACUCACACAGGAGAGAAGCCUUUCAGCUGCCACAUCUGUGACAAAUCCUUCAACAGGGGCUCCACGCUGAGGAAACAUGUUUUAGCCAAACAUAAAGAGGAGCGGCCUUAUAAAUGCAGUAACUGUGAUGAGUUGUUUACUGAGAGGCUGCUGAUGAAGAGGCACAUGAGGAAAGUUCAUGGUGUCAAACUGUCCACAAGUCAAAGUCCAGUCUGAGAGCACUUUAGAACAGAUGUCAUGAAUCAUGAAUGAAGCAUAUGGUCUAAAAUCUUUGAGGUUUUUAUGUAAAAAAUUUAAUUGACUAUAAAAUCCUAUUCAUGUGAAACAAACUGCCAAAUAUUGUUUAAAAGCAAGUAAGCAUAGAAUAACUUAAAAAAUGUAUUAGAAUUGAUAGACUUAUCCUUUAAAUGUUUGACAUUAUGGGAAAUACGCUUAAUUUUGAGUGAUAUAAGUGUAAAAUUGGGGAUUAGCCUAGCUUAGCUCCAUUCAGUAAUGCAGGGUGGGCCAAAAGUAGGCUUACGCUUGGUAGAUAUGCACCUUACAUUUGCGAUAAAUUGCCUGGCUUGAAGGUGGAGGACUGUUAAAGACUCCUUGCCAUGAUGUGUGCACCUAUUCUGCAUUUUCACAUUUCCAGUACUGCUUUAGUAUCCACUUUCUUUGCUCUUGAUUUAAUUUGUUUGCCACUGCUCACAAUCUCUGUAAAAAAUGUUUUAAAAAUAAAAAAUUUAAAAAGGUCACAUAAAAAUUUAAACCAAAAUUGGAAGAAAUAGCUUAAUGACAUUUUCGAAAUGUGAAGAAAGGAUAUGGAAUACUGGUUUGGAAGUAUGGUUUGGAUAAAUUAGAUCUAAACCGUGAAACAACUGUAAGCCUACUUUUGGCCCACCCUGUAUACCUCUUCAGAUCAAUAAUUAACAUUUUGUACCAUAUUUGCAGUGACUUCCAGCAGUGAUGUGAAAACAAAAAUUGUUGUUCAUCAAGUUCUAUUAUUGGUAAACAGAUAAUUGCGUUACAGUAAUUAGCUAUUUAAUUGGUUUUAGGAGUGUCAAACAAGGUUUUGAUCUGAGUCAAUUAAUAUUUAGCAUCUGCCAAUACCCGUCACCAUUUUCCAAGAUAAAACACACCUGUGCUGUAGAUUAGCUGUUGUACCUGGGUGCACCACCAGGUGGAGCCAUUGCAUGGGUUUAGCUUGCAACGGGUCACCAUGACAAAGACUUCUGUGACCCUUAAAGACUUCAUGUUUCGGAGCUGUUUGAGACUAAUCAGGAUCAACUUAUGCAGUGCUUUAAUAACUUAGUAACACAUGUAACACAGCUUCUUUACAACCCAAUCCUAAACUUUGAGAUCAGCUUGGGACAUCCAUGCUUUUAUGGGACUUCAGACAGAAUUAUCUUAGCUGUUUUCUCUGCUUUCAGGGAAGCUAAGCUAAUCACCUCUAGACUAUUUCAAAAGACAUGAAAAUGAUUCAUAUUUUUGUAUAAAUUGCAUAUAAGCAUAUUUCCCACAAUGCCAUACUGUUUCUUCUUGCUCUGCGAGGCCAAAAGCCUACGGCUCUAAAGCUUUUAACAAGAAACUGACGAAACGAAACAAAUUUCCCAAAAUUUGAAUUGAGUUGACCAGAGAUUCUGUAUCAACUUUUAGCACUUAACUGUUUUUUUGUUUUUUUUUUUUUUUUUACACUUUGUGAAUUAAACGCUACAGACAUAUUAUGAUCACUUACUUAUGGUCAAAGCCAGCUCUUGUAGAGACGAGACACAAACAUGGCAAGCAUACAAAAAUACUAUCAGUACUCUACAAAUGCACAAUACUGUACUGUAAUUCUUAUGACUGUCUCUCUGAAAUUGUGGACCACUUAGUCAACUCCACAUGCAAUCUGGUAUGAAAUACCAGAUUAUUUCUGUGCAGCAUAAAACGCACUACUUUAAAGAGAUUACAUAGAUAUCUACAGUAUGUUUAUUUAUUCACUAUGAAUUCAAUAUGUUGAACUUUUUAAAAAUCUCAAUAAUUUGAAAUAUAAGAUACACAGCUGUGUCUGUAAAUUAAUGAUACAUAUAUUUCUCUGUAAGAUAGUUUUAUAUAUUUAGAUAUAUUAUACAUAACUUGUAUAAAUUGGUUGUAAUUAUUUACCUUUGCCAAAGUUCAGUCAUAUGAUGAACCUGUUAUGUGAACAUGAAAAUAUAAAGCUUGAAAAUUCCCACACAUUUAAGUGUGA